AUGUUCCUUAAUAAUUGUUAGAUACAUAAAACUCAGCCAGCGAUAUAUAAUAUACAAAAAAAUCAUAUUCAAUAACCAAAACUUUGUUAAAUGUGUAUUCAAGAACUCGAUUCUAAUAUGAUUAAUUUUUAAGACAUAAAUCAAGAUUUUUUUAAUAUGUUUUCCUCAUAAAUUAAAGGACAAUAUAGCAUCAAUCAAAAAUACAUAAUUUUUCUUAUUAGUUUGAAAGAGAGAUUAUAGAAUUUGAAGUCUCAUUUAGAAAAUUCUAUAGAGAAAUUGGUUGAAUGGCUCAACAAUUAGAUUAUCAAUAUAAUGAUUCCAGAAACCCCAGAAGAGUUACUUUAGAAAAUAAAAAUAAUUGAUUAAAAUUCACUUGUUGAGGGCGAAUUAAAAAUAAAAAAAUAUUUCGAUAAUUUCAAGGAUAUCAAGGGAAUAUUAUUGGAUAAAAUUUCCUCUCUUUUUCAAAAUUCUUUGAUUAGAACUAUAAAAGAUAAUAUCCAGAAAAUACAUUGUGGAUUUGGAAAUCUAUUAGCAGAAGUUAAAGAGAUGCAAAUAGAAAAAGAAAAGAAAUCUAAAAAUGCAUUCAUUUUAAAAAAAUUGGAUGAUUUUUCUAUUAAGGAAUAUAAAGAAUGUUGCGUAAUGGCUUUUAAUAAAGAUUGCUCUAUUGUAUUAGUGGGAUGUCGUGAAGAAAUUAGAGUAUAUGCGUUUCAAAAAGGAUUUAUGAAUCAAAUUCAAAAAAUUAGUAAUAAACAUACAAAUAAUGUAUGGACUUUAAAUUUCAUGAAAAAAUCAAACAAAUUUAUAUCUGGUAGUUAUGAUAAUACAAUUAUAAUAUGGAUGAGUAAUAAAAAUAAUUAAUAUAUUUGUUAAUAAAAAUUAGAGAAUCAUUUAAGCAAUGUUUAUUGUGUAGUACUAAACACAAAUGAAGAUUUAAUAGUAUCAGGAAGUGAUGACAAAACAAUUAGAUUUUGGAUAGAGAAGGAUAAAUGGGUAUGUUAAUAAGUUAUAACAGAUCACACAGAUAGUGUAUUUGCGCUUAGUUUGAACGAGAAAUAAAAUACACUGAUUUCUUGUAGUUAUGACAAGACAAUUUUAGUAAUAGAGAAAUCAUUCUCUUUGUAAAGAUGGGUCACUAUUUAAAAGAUAAAUGUUGAAUAUUUUGGAUGUAGAUUAUGCUUUAUAAACGAUAAUCAAUUCACAUUCCAGCCUCAGACUUAAGAACAUUUGAGUCUUUAUGAAUUAAAUAGUAUCAAGAAUGAAUAUAGUAAAGUGAAAGAUAUUGAUGUACAAUGCGGCACAGAUGGAUCUUGCUUGUUUCCUCAACAAUUUAUAAAGUAGAAGGAAAUUUUGCUAAAUAAAAAUGGUUAAAAUGUUAAUUUUAUCAGCAUUUAAAAUUCAAGCUUUCGAACAGAAUAAUCAAUAGACUUUGGUACUGAUUAAGUAUUCGGUUAAUUAAGUGAUGACGGAUAAUACUUGAUUACUUGGGAUAAUAAAUCAAAAGAAAUACAAAUAAGAGAAUUAAAAGAUAUAUGA